AUGAGCACCUACCUCACUCAGCUUCGUGGGCAACAUCAUGCUCUCCAGCUGCUUUUGCUUGCCUAUUCCUAUACAUUGGAUAGCAUGCGACUAGUAUUAGACAACCUUUCGCCCAGUCUCAAUCGAAUCAGAGCGGACACCGAAUCUCUUACCUCCCGCCGCCGUCGAUUGACGCCCAGGAGCAGCAUUGGUACGAUGCCUGGAGUCGCCUACAACAACGGCAGUCGACAGACGUUCAGUUCGUCCAUCUUAAGCGACGUGGGCACCACUUCUCCAGCUGGUGAGAGGGAACGAAGUGGCCGGCAUGCGCAUGCAAUGGACCCUAUCGGAGAGGAGGACAACUACCAAGUGCCUAACCCUGCCGGUUUCAAUGGAUUUACGCCUCCUGCUCCGCCUAACGGGUGGAGCGACAGCUCUUCCGACCACACUUCGACCCAAGCUUUCAGCCCGCGACAGAGUUCUGGCUUUCAAUUCCCCACAAAUUCGGGUCACAGGAGAAGCUCCUAUGAGACCUCAAGAUCAGAAGUAACCUUGGAAGAGCUCCGAAUACUGGCAGGCCCUCACCAUUGGCCUACACUGUCGAAGACGGUCGAUCUUCACGGAAUCACCGUGGUGGCACCUCUAUUUCGUCAGAUACGCUCUUUUGGGACUGGAGAACAUUUUCACGCCUCUUUACUAUCGCUGAAGCGGCACAACUUCGAAAUCAUCCAUGUUGCUGGGGCACUCAAGCAGCUUCGCCACUUCGGCGAGGAGACGGACUAUAGCUACGUGAUGCAGUACCUCUCCAAGCACGAAUAUGACAUUGACAAGACGCUCGUAACGUUCUUGGAUUUCAACCGUCUCUUCUCGACAAAGGAGGCGUAUGGCAGUGCCUUGACGCUCCUGGAGAAAUACAAUUUCGACUCGGAAAAGAUGAUGAACGCUAUCAGAGUUGUCAGUGAGCCGUCUUCGCGUGGUGAAGCGACUUACUGUAGCCUUAUGGGCUUUAUCUCCAGUCGGGGCUUCAACAUGUCUAUUGUGGGGAGAGAGUUUCCGCUCCUAAUGGCGGCAAACUGGAAGCAGACACCAAUGGGCCUCAAAAGACUGCCGAUUACGGAAGACAUACUCCUACGAGAGGAAGCGACGCUGAAGCUCCUGGAGCGAAACUCGUACGAUGUGACUCUCACAAUUUCACAGAUCGAUUCUCUUUGCGGCGAAGAUAAUGCUUCCCACAGGGGAGCGACCAUGAACCCCUUCAGACGUCGGCCAUCUGCCGCAACAAAGUCGCUCCGCUCUCUGAGCGACGUGUCUUCUUCGGUUCUGGAUACUUCGUCCAUUGCCAUUGAUAUCUCUUCGGCCAUGAGCACGGAGGACUAUCGUAACGUGGCGUUGUUCGUUUGUCUCCUGCCCGAUAGACCUCGUCUUCCUUUAAAAGUCCUUCAAAAAGCGAACUAUGACUAUCGCAGGACGCUCGGAGGUAUCCAAUGGCUCAAAAACAUCAACAAGACCCCGGGAAAUUUACGCAAAGCGCUGGAAUAUGGACAAUACAACAUUAGCGAGAUCAGGUCCCUCCACACAGAGAUGACCAGAAUGAUCCCGAGACCAAUUCAUCUUCCUUCCAGUCCAGUCUCUCCUGGUCCAACUCCCCAAAUUUCUCCACAACUCCAUCCUUCCAAACGACUCCAUAAUCCUUUUGCCCAGCAACGUCACUCUCCAAUAUACAAGGCUGCUCACCUUCAGCUCCCUUCUCCACCCCAAUCUCCCGCCCCCUCUUCUGUUACCAUUCAGCAUGCUCAAAAUGCCAGCGUUGGUAUUUACGAGGUCCUCGAUGCCCAUGAUUGGAAUUUUGGACAAGCUAUUGCAAUGCUAAGACGAUUGGAGCAGCGGGUCACAUCAUCUGUGGGUCUCAAUACGCUCAUUGUUCAGUUAAAGGGCGUUAACUGGGAUGAGCGGCGUCUGGGGACACUAUUACAGCAACUUCAUUACCAGCAAUCCCCCCCUGGUCAUACUAGGCAGAUGAACUCGGGGGUCCCGGUCCCCGAGUCCGGAUAUCCUUCUCAAGGCCAAAAUCCGAGUCUCAUAUUCCCCAAUGAUGAUGGUUCAAGUCAAACACAGCGCCCAGGUAUGCCCUCACCACAGUUCAAUAAUCACGAACCGUAUCAUCCAGGCUUUGGCUCUGCAUCGCUGGCUGAUCAAUAUGCACAAGAAUAUCCGAGCUUUGGUCCCAAUGGAUACCUCUCACCAGGGUUUCCGUCGACGCCCGUCGAUGUGCCUCAACAAGAGAGUCUAUUCGAUCGAAUUCCCCGCAGUUAUUCUCCUUCCAAAGUAUCUCGAAGAGAGAGUCUAUUCGAUUAG